GAUGAUGAAUGGGGUCCUGCAGCAAACAAGUUAAAAGACGGAGCGAUGCUACUGAUGAUGGGAACAGCUGAAGCUUUACCGCAAGAGCCGGCAGAGAAGCCUUUGUUCGUGGAGGAUAUGAGCGAGCAACAGUUGGCGUCCGCUAUGGAUGUUCCAGCUGGUUUGACAAAUCUGGGUAACACCUGCUACAUGAAUGCCACAGUUCAGUGCCUCCGUGCCGUGCCCGAGCUGAAGAAUGCACUUAAGCAAUUUACCGGAGGCCUUACAGUGGCAGGUGCCAUUUCUCCAGCUGAUUCCAUCACAGCAGCUUUACGAGAUUUAUGUGUGUCCAUGGACCGAACAUCAGCGCCUAUUCCUCCCAUCAUAUUUCUUCAAGUUCUGCACAUGGCAUUUCCCAGGUUUGCUGAGAAGGGAGAAAAUGGUGGUUAUCAACAGCAGGAUGCAAAUGAAUGUUGGACAGAGAUCGUAAGGAGCCUACAACAAAAGUUGAAACCGGUCACAUCUUCACGCAAUGGGGAGCCUAUGGAAACUGAAUCCAACUCCAACUCUCAGGCUGCUGCAGCAUCUGGCUUUAUUGAUCAGUAUUUUGGAGGGGAGUUUGAAACCAUUAUGAAGUGUAAUGAAGCACCAGAGGAAGGAGAAGUUCGCGGAACAGAAAAAUUUCUUCAGCUCAGUUGUUUCAUUGAGAAAGAGGUCAAGUACAUGCACACAGGUUUACAGAGUAGGUUAGAGGAAUCAAUAACAAAGAAUUCUCCCACACUUGGUCGGGAUGCUGUUUACACAAAAUCUAGUCGGAUUAGUCGGCUUCCUGGGUACUUAACAAUUCAGUUUGUAAGGUUCUACUACAAGGAAAAACAGUCUACCAAUGCUAAAAUUCUGAAGGACAUCAAAUUUCCAUUAUUACUAGAUGUAUUUGACCUGUGCACACCUGCCCUUCAGCAGAAGUUAAUACCCAUGAGGGAUCGGUUUAAGGCCCUGGAAGACAAGAAAGUAGAACAGGCUCAGACGGGUAAAGGAAAAGCCAUUGUAGUCAAAAAAGACAGGAAAGAUGUCAAAACAGAACCAUACUGGUUUGCUGAUGAUUUAGGCUCAAACAACAGCGGAUACUACGAGUUGUCGGCUGUGCUCACUCACAAGGGUAGAUCCAGUUCCAGUGGCCACUAUGUUGCCUGGGUCAGAAAGACAGGAGAUGAAUGGCUGAUGUUUGAUGAUGACAGAGUGACACCAGUUACUUCAGAGGACAUUCUUAAGCUCUCUGGUGGAGGAGACUGGCACUGUGCCUACGUGUUGCUGUACCAGCCAAGACUCCUGGAAGUCGAGGAGGAGCCUCCACAGAGCUAA